GGAGGCAAGAUGCCACACACGCGCGCGUGCACACACGCAUUAGAGGGAACCCCAUCAGCUGUGGACAGCUACAACUUUUGUUUUUCCAACCCGUUCCUUUACAUCAUCGCGCGUCUUGCAUGCGCGUGACUGCUAGAAAAUACAACAGCAAGUGUGCGAUUCGCAGAUCUUUCUUUUUUUCCCCGAAAGAGAGAAGUGGGAGGGUGAGAGAGCAAAACACGCGUUUUGGUGGGUGGCUUUGAAAGCAUGGAAUAUUUCAUGAUGCCGACAGAGAAGAUACCGACCCUGCAGCAAUUCAAGAAGACUGAGAAGGAUGUUAUCGGGGGACUAUGCAGUCUGGCCAACAUCCCCUUCAGUCCAGAGACGGCCCAGGACCAAGAGAGGCGAAUCCGACGUGAAAUCGCCAACAGCAAUGAGCGGCGACGCAUGCAAAGCAUCAAUGCGGGCUUCCAGUCCCUUAAAAGUCUCUUGCCUCACACAGAUGGAGAGAAACUCAGCAAGGCGGCCAUCUUGCAACAGACAGCAGACUACAUCUUCACCUUGGAGCAGGAAAAGACGCAGCUCUUGUCACAGAACAACCAGCUCAAACGCUUCAUACAGGAAUUCAGUGGUUCCUCGCCCAAACGGAGGCGAGCGGAGGAGAAGGAUGAAGGCAUCGGCUCUCCUGAUACUCUCGAUGAAGAGAAGGUGGAAGAGCUGAGGCGGGAAAUGCUGGAGCUGCGCCAACAGCUGGACCGAGAACGCUCCGCCCGUAUGCAGCUGGAGGAGCAGGUGCGCGCUCUGGACACCCAAGGGCACCCGGACCGUCUCAAGGUGAUCACCCAACAGGUGGAGGAGGAGCACGCGCAGCUCCAGAGCCAGACGCUGUUACGACUGCAACAAGUUCAAGCUGCAGACAGACCCCCUCACAGUCCAAAGGUGGUGGCCCCUCCCACUCCCAUCGCCUCAACCCACCACCCGACAGUCAUUGUGCCGGCGCCGACACUAACCCAGCAACCCCAUCACCAUGUCACCGUGGUGACCAUGAGCUCAUCUCUCCACAACAGCACCGUGUCUACGUCGAGACAAAACCUGGACACCAUUGUGCAGGCCAUCCACCACAUCGAGCGCACUCAGGAGAGGCGAGCGAGCGCAGAGGAAGAGCAGAGACGAGCGGUCAUAGUCAGCCCCGCCCACGUCGCCAUGGACACCGCCUGUUCAGACACAGACACGGACACAGAGGGAGAGGACUGCUCAAUGAACUGAUCGUGCCAUGAACUCACAAACACUUAACACCAUCUCACUGUAAGAUUCCAUCCAGAAGCUUGACUACUUAAAAAAAAAAAUCUCUCCGAGCUCCCACUCCCUGUAGUGAAGCGCUUUUCGCUGUCGCUCUUGUAAUGUAAAUUGUCUGACUGAAAACUAGGAGUGGUCAGCGUGCAGAGGAGGCCAAAUGGGGUUUCUUGAGGCUGCUCCUCAUCGGUCCGUCCUCCCACUUGUUUUCCAUUGCCAGGCGCCGAUGACAUUAUUUGUGCUGCAAAUUGACCUUUUCACUAUAAUGGAGAACUGAAUGUAAUACAGGAAGCAGCAACUUGUGACUUUUUGAUUAAGAACGGGGGAUUUAAGAGUUAGAAUCUUUUCUUUCCCUCGUCUUGCGUUUCUAAACAAGAUAGGUCACAGACUUAAUUGCAGGAGCGUUACUAAAAGAAAGGAUUUUACUUGAAUGAGUAUACUGAUCAGCUUAAGCCCUUAAAAUAGAUAUUGAAGAAUAUAAGCUAUUAAUCAAUUGACAGUCUGUUAAGUGUUUUGGGAAAUGUACCCUGUCAGGGUUACUGAACUGCAUUCUCUAACUUACAAAUUGGACGGUUAUUUGGUUCGAUAAGGAGCAAGUUGCCUUGAGAUUCAAAAUUGGAGCCACCCAAACUGCACCUGCCGACUCAAGGCGAGAACUAAAUGUCGGUUCACUCGUGUUCUGGUAACAACGAGUGGGCUUUCUCAAUCGCUUUCCGACAACUUGACUGAAUAAUUGGAGGAAACAGUCUUAUUUUCAAAAGAUGAAAAUGUGAUGUACUCUUAAAACAUAUUAGUCUGCAUGACAAUUUCAAGUUUUCCACCAAAGACUUCCAGUCGCAACUUCUGAUCUUGGUUUGUUGUUUUCAGUGACUAUGCACUUGAGUGUUUGCUACUUAUGCAAUCGCAUCUUCAGUCCAUUUAUACACGUGGCGAAGAUUACUAUGCACCGCUAAUAGGUGUGUAUGUCACACCAACAGUAAAGUUGUGACUCGCUUGUAUCAAAGAAUAUCAUUACCGUUCUUACGAGGUGCGGUUUGCCAACAUGGUGCUCUGCUGACGAGCUAAACAUUUUCAAAUGUGGCGAGUCAUUUGCACAUGUUGGAAUUAGUUUUGUGUGGUUGUGCUGGAAAACAACUUAAGUUGAGUGUUGUAAAAUACACCAAGAUCGGUCACUGAAAUACCACAAAAGUCCCAAAUGAGCACUGGCCAAUGCUCAGAAUCGCUUCACGUUGAGAUGUUCAUCUUGUCUAGAUGUUUUUUUCUUUUUAAAACUGUAACUCUGUGUUUCUAUUUCCAAACACAAUUUGAUGCUGUAAACAUUCCAAAUGUUUGGAGUUGUCUUUUCAUCUCGCUGCCUUCUGUUGAGUGCAUGUUCGUAACAGGUUGUC